AUGCCUGCCUCACUCACUACGGAAAUGAGCCUCAGAGGGCCACAAGUUCUUCUAGGAGCACUCACAAAACACUACUUUGGAUCCCAGGAUUCAGGCUCAGCUGCAAACGAUGAGCUCUUGUACGCGUCUGCUUUUCGGCUCUUCAAGUCCUUCCUCGAAGCCUCCUCCAAGCAUACCGUCGAGGAACUUCAAGAGUUCUCUAACAUUCGAACCCCAUCUCCUUAUUGGGUUCAUUCACCCCGUGUACUAGUUCCCCUCGUCUGCUGCGAGCUAGCCUCCAAACACAUUAUCACGGCGCUCGGCGGAGAGGAAAGUGCAAAGAAGAUACUCGGAGGUAUCAAAUGGUGGCAAGUGCGUGGGAUCAAAGGCGUCGACUGCCAAUGGAUUGCGCUUGCAAAAGAUUGGCAAGAAGCCAAACGCCGACGGAAGGAGCAAGAAUCAAUCCAGAAAUUUGAUGCCCUUACAAGGAAGGGUAAAGGUCCUGCAACUGCAAACGAACCGGCCGAAAAGCCAACGGAGGAGCAUGCGGAAGCUGAGUACACCGCAGAGAUGGACGACAUGCGCUGCAUGCUAUACUUUCACGGUGGAGGAUACUACUUUGGCUCUAUUGAUCAGCAGAGAUUCGUUUUACAGCGAUAUGCACGAAAGAUGAAUGGCCGUGUCUUUGCUGUUAAUUACCGAAAGGCGCCUCAAUACCCCUUUCCAUGUGCCAUCCAGGACUGCCUCGCAGCCUACAUCUUCCUUAUUCAACCUCCAGAGGGUGCAAAACACAAGCCCAUACCCCCGUCGAGCAUUGUGAUUGCCGGUGACUCUGCAGGUGGCGGGUUGGCUCUAGCAGUUCUUCAAGCCAUACGCGACUCUGGAUUACCUGCUCCAGCCGGAGGAAUACUCAUCAGCCCAUGGUGCGACCUCACGCAUUCGUUCCCCUCUAUUCAUCAAAACACUGCGACGGAUAUUCUUCCUCCCACUGGACUUUCGAUGCAUAAGCCCAGUUUGCUAUGGCCGCCUCCAAAUGAAGAAGUCACCAAGACUGUUCGAAACAACCUCGCAGAGAAAAUUAGGCGGCUCACACGUUUGGGUCACUCUCGCUCUCCGUCUCACGAUUCUGUCGUUAUCAAUUCGCGUGGCGAUGUGACACUCGGCUCGCCUGCAAAGUCCAACUACGGAUCCGUCGGACUCAAUGCAUCCAUGACCCACCUCAAAGCACCAUCAGGCAAUCACCCGCUGCUUCAGAAUAUGGGAUGCGACCAACCCUCGGAUACUUUUACCAUCUGCAUCGGCGGCACGUAUUAUCAAGUCAAAUCCCAAAUUCAACUGUAUACCACCAAUAAUCUUCUGACAAAUCCUCUGGUCAGUCCCGUCAACGGCUACCUCGGGGGCUUGCCCCCAUUGUUCAUUAUGGCUAGUGACAAAGAGGUCCUCCGCGACGAGAUUAUCUACGUUGCACAUAAAGCCGCGCAUCCAGAUCGAUUCCCGACUCGACCGGGAAUCCGUGUUGGCUAUCCGUUGCUUGACGGUAUAAAGGAGCGCCAUCCAGCACCUACUCAAGUCCAUCUCCAAGUGUACGACGAUACCUGCCAUGUCCUCCCUUUGUUCACAUUUACGACACCAGCCAAGUUUGCCUUCCGUAGUGUGGCAAACUUCUGCAAGCACGUGAUGCCGGACAAGGGUCUUUUCUCAACGCUGCAACCUGACCUCUCUCUUGCAUCGUUUGGCGAUUCGAAUGCGAGUAACUCACCUCUUCGACGCAACACCUCGACCUCUGUAAGCCGCACUCCUUCCUUCCGGCUCGGUAGCCUGUUGGGUCGGAACAACUCUUUCAAGUCCAAUCAGAUGUUGUCGCCUACUGCUGAUGUCGCCGGACCACGCUUCCAACGAGACUCGGCUGAUGGUGGUCCCGGGACGGCUGGGGAUCCCGAGGUUUACAAGACGAAGCCACUCUCCAAGGGUAUGAUUCGUGAACGGGUUUCCACCACUGGAAUUAUUCGAGAGAUGGAACCCGAGGAAGAUCUCCCAGCUCUUGCUAUGACACUGGAUUCCAUCGGCAUGGUCAAUGAACUCAGCGUGAAGCGCUAUUUGGACGCACAAACUGUGUGGGAGAAGCGGUUCAAGGAGACGUUGAAGUCAGUGGGCAAGCAUCGCAAACGCCAUAUCGAUGCGGCAGAACAGGAGGAUAACACUCGGUUCUCGAAGCUCAAGGCUACCGUCUUGUCCAAAGAAAAAGACGACGACGAACGUAACAAAGUCUUGAACUCGACAAACUGGAGCUGGGCCUGGGUAGUCGCUGGAGAUGAGAAUCCUCCACCGUCUAGUAUUGUCGCUCGCAGAGACACCGCCGAGGCCAGGCGCUUAUCCAAAUUUGCGGAUGAAGCUGUUGAGGCAAAGGAGAGCCGCAUGAGCGGAAACAACUUCUGGCAAAUGAUUGUCAAUACGUUGACAAAGGGACCAGAACAUACCAUUCAGGCAUCUUCACCAACGAUGACCAAAUCUCCUACGACAUGGACGUCACCAGUCGAGCCACCGGAACCUUCCUCUCCUCCAAGGAGCAUCUUCCGCGCAGCCGGACUCCGUUCUACAAGCUCACUCGCAACUUCCAUCUCCAACGACGUUGUGCGCAUUCGUCGUCCCAGCUUUGGCAGCCUCCGUAUCGGCAAAGGCCGCUAUGUUGAUGCAAAUGGAGAGACAAUGCAACAUAGGCAGUCAAUCGUCUCAGAACUCCCACCGGCUCUCCCAUCCGUUGGUGGGCUCGGGCGCGAUGAUACCUUUACCAAACUGGCGCUCGAAGGCAUCGCAGAAGUGCGCGUCAGCGAGGAACUCACUCGACCUGUCCUCAAUGUCGACACGUCCAAGGUGAACGGAACGACGAGCAGACAAAAUACUACCCCAGCCUCGCUUAGCAAUGGCAAGGGGCCUGGUGGGCUUUCGCCGAUCCCAGGAUCGGCGCUCACGCCUAAGCGGUCGGCCUCUGGGUUGGUGACGCCCGUGAAGCGCAAGGCGAUCCCCGCGCAACUGCUUGAAGAGGCAGGUAUCGAUCCUUCUCAAUCACCAUAUGCAUCUAAGGAGUCUCUCGGAAAGCAUUCGAAUUCGUCUCAACCGAAGCUGUCCCAAAAGGAAUCUGUGUCGGCGUUGAGCAACAACUCGAGCGGCGUGUCCAAUACCAACGGAAUAAGGGCACCUGAGAUUACGCCUCUCACACCGGUGGUACCUACGACCACACCCGGACCAGGGGAAGAGGCUGCCAAGGCAGGUAUUGCCGCGGAAAAGGUCUCCGAGGCAGCCCCUGUAGCUGCAGCUGUCAAUUGA